CUCGCUUACAACAUUUGUAGUCGGCAGCGUGAGUGCAUCGACAUCGCAUCGCUGUGAUUGCGAUCUUCGGGAUAAUUAUAUCGAUUAUCAUAUUCGAAAUAGUUACAAUUUUUAUAGAGAAGCGUUUCAAUUCUGUUCGAGUUACUUUUUACAACAAUCUGAUCGUAUAUUUAUUACAUUAACUCUCAAAACUUUCAAAGAUUAAAAAAAGUUUGGUUAAAUUUCUUUUUUUCAUUUCUUUUUGCUUUUAUCUUAUGUUUCAUCCAUUUAGUGAUUUCAAUGAAAUAGAAAUAGAAAAAGAAAUAAAAAGUAUCGAAAAUAAUCUUGAAGUUAUUGAUAAGAGAUUUGAUUUAUUGGAAAACUAUUUUAUAGAUGAUUGUUUGGUCAAAUCUGAAAAGUGAUCUCUUAAAAUAAAUCGGUGAUUAAAUCAAGAGAGAAUAGAGAAAAGAAGAAAGAAGAAGAGUAUUGUGAAUUGGAAAGAGAAAUUCUACAAAACAGAUAGGUUUUCAUCGAAUAAGGAUUUCAUUCGUUUCAAGGAUACGAAGUUCGAAAAAUGCUCUCAAUGGUUCCGAUAUUUCGCGUUUUAUUGAUCAUUUUACAUAACAUGAUAUUUUAAAUUCUGAUGUAAAAAGAGUAUAAGAGAGGAGAAGAAAAAAAAAAGAGAAGGAAAAGUUGAUAACAAACAAAAAUAAUUAAUAAAAAAAGAGAAAAGAAUCCCGUUGAAAAGUGUUCUAUGUUGAAAAUUUUUAUUUUGAAUCAGCAAUUAAAGUUUCCGAAAAUAUACAACCGUGUCAUCUCUUUUUGGUGAAUCUGAAUGUUGUGAUUGAAAAAGGAACUGAAAUAUUUUAUCGCGAGAGCAUGCGGCUCAUUGGAACAUCGAUAUCUUUUUUCAAUGCAUCGCAAUGCAUGUGCAUAAUGCUCUUAAUGAUCCUGCAAUUGACAUGCAUCGUGCACUUAGCAUCUAUCGAUGAUGAUAAUGAUACACUUCCAGGUCCUCAAAAAUGUUCCGAUACGGAGUUCAAAUGCAUGAACGGCAAAUGCAUACCUGGAACUUGGCAUUGCGAUGGUGACAAUGAUUGUCGAGAUGGUUCGGAUGAAGAUCCAACAAUUUGCAGAUCGGAAUCAUGCAGUGAAACGGAGUUCGAGUGUAGCCCAGGGGACUGCAUACCGAAAAAUUGGCUCUGUGAUUUUCAUCGCGACUGCACAGAUGGGAUGGACGAGAAAAAUUGUGGCAGGAUGAAGAAUUGCACGGCGGAUCAGUUCACAUGUCACUCUGGGAAUGGCGAGUGUGUGGCACUCGCAUGGAUGUGCGACGGCCAUCGAGACUGUUCGGACGGUUCAGACGAGGCUGAGUGUAGUAAGAUUCUGCACGAGGAUGAUACCUGUCGAUCUGAUGAAUUUACUUGCGCAAACAAGCAUUGCAUUCAGAAAACAUGGAUAUGUGACAGUGAUGAUGAUUGUGGGGAUGGCAGCGAUGAAAAAGAUUGCAAACCAGUUACCUGUAGCCCAUCGGAAUUCGCCUGUUCGGAUAAUUAUUGUAUAACAUCUCAAUGGAGAUGUGACGGUGAUUUCGAUUGUCCUGAUAGACGUGACGAAAUUGGAUGCAAGUAUGCAAAUGGAGAACGCCAUGUUCAUUGCAAUAAAAAAGGAGAGUUUGAUUGUGGCGAUGAUUUUUCGUGCAUACACGAAAGCUGGGUGUGCGACAGGGAAAAGGAUUGUCCUAAUGGAGCUGAUGAAUUGCCUAAAGUGUGCCACAAUUUUACAUGUAGACCAGAUCAAUUUCAAUGUCAGCAUAUUCGUAAUUGUAUAUCAGGUCAUUUAUAUUGCAACGGUAAAAUAGAAUGUGCAGAUGGUAGCGAUGAGAAAAAUUGCACGACCAAAGCUAUUGGUUGCGAUCCGUCGACACAAUUCGAAUGUAGCGAAGGAUCAUGUAUUUCUCUUUCCAGUGUAUGUAAUAAGAAUCGCGAUUGUAUCGGUUGGGAAGACGAAAACGAAAAGCUUUGUGGUAUAAAUGAGUGCUUAAAAAACAAUGGCGGAUGUUCGCAAAUUUGCAUCGACUUGCCUAUUGGUUUUCGAUGCGAUUGCAGUAUAGGAUAUAGAUUAAUUGAUAAUCGUACUUGUGAUGACAUAGAUGAAUGUUUAGAACCAGGUACUUGUUCUCAAUUCUGUAUGAACGAAAAAGGCAGUUUUAAAUGUAGCUGUGCCGCGGGUUAUCUUAAGGAUCCUAGCAAUCAUACACGUUGUAAGGCAGCAGAAGGUCAUGCUAGUCUUCUUUUUACCAGAAGACAUGAUAUAAGAAAAGUAGCAUUGGAUCGUCUGGAGAUGACAAGUAUAGUGAAAGAUACGAAAAUGGCAGCAGCCUUGGAUUUCGUUUUUCGUACCGGUAUGAUCUUCUGGAGUGAUAGUAGUGAAAAAAAAAUCUAUAAAGCUCCAAUAGAUGAAGGAAAUGAGCGUACAGUUGUAAUUGAUGAUGGUUUGACAACAUCAGAUGGAUUAGCUGUUGAUUGGAUAUAUAGUCAUAUCUAUUGGACUGAUUCUAAAAAAAAUACCAUAGAAUUAGCUAAUUUCGAAGGCAAUAUGAGAAAAACUUUGAUUCAAGAUCAUAUACAAGAACCAAGAGCAAUAGCUUUGAAUCCAUUGGAGGGUUGGAUGUUUUGGACUGAUUGGAGUGACGAAGCUCGUAUCGAAAAAGCGGGCAUGGAUGGAUCUCAUCGAACGGUGAUAGUUGAUAAUGAUGUACAGUGGCCUAAUGGAUUGACUCUGGACUUAAUUGGCAAAAAAAUAUAUUGGGUAGAUGCGAAAUUGUAUAUAAUUGGAUCAUGUAAUUAUGAUGGCACAGGUAUACGAACAGUUCUGUAUUCUCCCGAAGUAUUGAGACAUCCUUUCAGUAUUACAACAUUUGAGGAUUAUGUUUAUUGGACCGACUGGGACAAGGAAGCAAUAUUUAAAGCAAAUAAAUUCACUGGUCAAUCAGUUGAAGCUGUUAUGUCACUUCGAGCUCUUAAAUAUCCAAUGGUUGUUCAUGUGUAUCAUCCAUAUAGACAGCCAGAUGGAAUGAAUCAGUGUCAGGCGGUAAAUGGCCAUUGUAGUCAUUUAUGCUUACCAGCACCAAGAAUUAAUUCUAAAUCACCUCUUCUUAGUUGUGCUUGUCCAGAUGGUCUAAAAUUAUUAUCUGAUGGUUUAAUGUGCGUGGAAAAAGUAAGUACAACUGUAGCACCUACAACACAAGAAAUUAAUAAACCAUUCAAGAGACUUGAACUUUUCAACACAACUACGACUAUUGAUUCGAUACAUUCAAUAGAUGGAAAUGAGGAAGAUGGUCUAACAUCUGAAUCAACAGAUCCUGGUUUAGUUGCUGGCAUAGUGAUAGGUGUGACAUCCUUAGGAUUAUUACUUCUCGCAUUAGUAGCAGUAUUAUGUUAUAGGCACUAUCUUCAUCGUAACGUAACGAGUAUGAAUUUUGAUAAUCCUGUGUACAGAAAAACCACAGAAGAUCAAUUUAGUCUUGAAAAAAAUAGGUUUCCACUUCCUACUGCUACAGUUGGAGAAGAGGCUCAGGAACCUUUAACGAGUCCUGGAACUAAUGAUUACGUUUAAGAAUGAAUUUGUCAAUGAAAUGGGCUUAGCAGGCUAUUGAAAUAUAUUGACCAAAUAACAUAAAAUGAUAUAUUAAAAAAGUAAAAAACAUAUGUCGAGCAAA